AAUCACCCCAUCCCCUGGAUUUCUGUAGUCUUUUUCACCCCUCUCCCUGGAUUUUCCAAGGCCUUUCUUACACCCCUCUCCUGGAUUUUCCAUUGUCCGCAACCCCCCCCUGUGCGGAAAAUAGAUGCGAUCUGCCAAUCCACACUGGGUUGCUAUAGGAAUAUCUUUGCACAAGUCAGACAAUUUUACGAUACUGCUCAAUUGAUGUUGCCAAAAUAACAAUCACUGUGAUUAUUUAUCCCUUAGAAGUACGAUGUUCCAUCAAGCCUACGAUCAAGCUCAAUCAGAUUUUUUUUAUAAUACAAACUGAUAUUUACUAUUCGUACAGCAACGUGUUUACAGAUUGUCAUGGUCCAGGGUGCUGUUCACCAGUUUCGACUAGUGUAUUCGGAAAGUUAAAUCGCGAUAUGGAGUAUGUUAUAUUUUUUAAACUUUCUGUGACGUCAAAAAACGUCAUAAAUCUGAUCAUCUUUCCGUUUGUAUAAACAUCCCAAAAUUGACUUCUUGGCUGCAUAGUCAUUCGCGAACCGGAAACGGACUGGUGAAGAAUAGUGUGCUGCCUUCGGCAGCAACUACUGCAUCUGCCUAACUGCCAAAAUUCUCUCGGCGUACUUUUAAAUCCUUAUUUUGUACUAACUUUUUCUGUAUGUUAUUCUCAACUAAUAACACUUUCUUUUGUUGCCAUAACAUAUGUUCAAUGAUUUAGAGAAGUCAUGGUCAUCGUUCAAAAUGCCAAAAGCAGUUCAGUACUAAGCGAAAAUCUCAGAACAAGCGAUCUCAAACCAUACCAGGCAAACACAAAAGAUCCUUAUGUUACUGCUUAUUUAAAAGCGGAUGUUUUGCCUUUGGUUUUCGUGAUUGGUGAUGGCAAAGACUACAAUUCUGAAAAAGAAAAAUAUUCUAACCAACCUCUCAAACAAAAUUCAAGUUACAUUGUGUUCCUGAGAUAUUUUGAAAGUGAGGUAUGAGAUGGGGCUUAUUCGGGUAAUACAUGUACAUUUCUCCGAUGAUAAUGCGAAGAAAAUAAAAUAACUUAACUAUUAUACUUCCGUUUAGGGCUCAUACUACUCGACAAAAUGGAGUGGCAAUGUUAGAACAAUGAUAAGAGCUCCAG